CGCUCUGCACAGCUAGAAAAGGAGGAGGAACUGUCAUCCAGAAUCCCUGUAGUACAGAAAAAGAAGUGCGAGUCUCAAUAUGGAAAAACCCUACUCUGAAAAUGAAAAAAUAUCUGAGAACAAAGGGAAUAUGGAAAGUGAAGAAAAGCCAGAGGAUAUGGUAAAGCAAGAAGUAGCUUCCACUGUAGACAACACUGAUAAGCUAUACAAUGAGAAAAAAACGGGUGAUGAAAUGUUAAUAGAGAAUGAAAAGGUAGACAAUGAGGCAAAACUAGAGCAUGAAAAUGUAAAAGAGGAACACCCUGAGACCCAGGAAAAGCCAGCAAGUGAGGGAAAAUUAGAGAGUGAGGAAAAAGCAAAUGAAGAAAAGCCAACCAGUGAACCAAGGGCUGCAGAAAAGCGUCCAGCUGAGGAUGAUGUACCCAGGAAAGUCAAAAGAAAAACCAAGGGGUUGGCUCAGUGCCUCAAAGAACAUAAAGAGGCCAUACAUGAGAAGCAUUUGAGCAAUGAGGAGAUGAUAAAAGAAUUUGACAAGAUGGCUUGGGUGGAGGAUGAAGUGAAGAAAACCAGACUCAAACUGGGGAGAUUUAUGUGUAUGCAUAAAAGAUCAGAGGAUGCCUCUCAGCCAAGGGGUCCAAGGGAAAAUCAGGGUGGUGGCAUGGCCCCACAGAAGGGCCCUGAAGACACUUCUCCUAUUUAAUCCCCCCGACAAGCUUUUGCCAGUUCCUUUGCUUUACAUUUUUUAAACUUUUUCUUUUGAUUGAUGUUCUGUGAUUUAUAAUACUGUUAAUGAGUGUUUCUGUGCAUUUGAAUCUGACAUGAUGCCACUUAGCAUUCUACCCACCUCCUUCCCCCAAGGACCCCAACUCCUCUCCCUUUAAUCCCUCCAACUCAGAUGUGUGAGUCAUUUCCCCCAUUAUGUUGGUUUUGCAGGCCCUUUGAGUUAAUCUUAUUCUGAUACAUUGCUUUAGGUGGCAUUCUUCAGUAGCCUUCUGACCCAUUCAGAGUGUCCUAUAAGUAUGUGUUUUCACUCGUGUGCACUACAAAAAUAUGAAGUUUUGAAAAAUAAAGCAGUUUAUAACAUCUA